GUUGACUGUUGACGAGUCGCCACUCACCACUUGCAGAGUAUUUUCUUUAAAUUUUGUGAUAAUUAUAAUUAUUCAUCAAUUUCAUCUGAAGUAAUGUCGAUGCCGUACUCGCAGUAAUAGCUCGUCAGCUGUAUGCAAACAGUCUACAAUGUCUGAUUCGGAAGCCAGCAAUUUUUCUGAGAAUGAAAACGCUUCCGAAGCUGGUUCCGUGCGGUCUCGAAGCUCCAGAGGUAGCGUCCGAAGCAGAUCUCGGUCGCUGUCUAGGUCUCGGUCCAGAUCCCCUUCGAAGAGCAGAUCCAGAUCCCCUAGCAGGGGUUCCCGGCUAUCCAGAUCGCCCAGUAAGGGCUCCCGUUUAUCUAGGUCUCCAAGCAGGGGCUCACACGUAUCUAGAUCGCCCAGUAGGGGCUCCCGCGUGUCUAGAUCUCGUUCCCCUUCUAGAUCUAGGUCCAGAUCAAGGUCUAAGUCGCGAUCCAGAAGUAGAUCUGUUAGAUCAGGGGGGUCUGAGGCUCGUGAAGCUUCUGGACCUGAAGAAGUUGCUGAAGAGGAGGAGCCUGAGGGAGAGAGCCUGGAUGAAUAUGAUAGUGAGGAAGAUGACAGUGAUGAGGGGGGUAGAGCAAAGAAGAGGAAGAAAAAUAAGGACCGUUAUGGGGGGUUCAUUAUUGAUGAAGCUGAAGUAGAUGAUGAAGUUGAGGAUGAGGAUGAGUGGGAAGAGGGGGCCCAAGAAAUUGGGAUUGUUCCCAAUGAGGUGGAUGAAUUUGGUCCAACAGCUAGGGAAAUUGAAGGACGUAGAAGGGGAACUAAUCUUUGGGAUGCACAGAGGGCAUCUGAGAUUGAGGAAUAUCUGAAGAGAAAAUAUGCUGAUGAUGGUGCAGCUAUUAAGCAUUUUGGAGAUGGAGGAGAAGAAAUGUCUGAUGAGAUUACUCAACAGACACUAUUACCUGGAGUUAAAGAUCCAAACUUAUGGAUGGUGAAAUGUAGAAUAGGUGAAGAAAAAUCUACCUGUCUCCUCUUGAUGAGAAAGUUUUUGGCGUAUCAGAACACUGAACCUCUGCAGAUUAAAUCUGUGGUGGCUCCUGAGGGUGUGAAAGGAUAUAUCUAUAUUGAGGCUUACAAACAGCCUCAUGUUAAAGCUGCCAUUGCAAAUAUUGGUAAUUUGAGAUCAGGCAUUUGGAAACAGCAAAUGGUGCCUAUCAAGGAAAUGACUGAUGUGUUAAGGGUAGUCAAAGAGCAAACUGGUUUGAAGUCCAAGCAGUGGGUAAGGUUGAAGAGGGGCCUCUAUAAAGAUGACAUUGCCCAGGUUGAUUAUUUUGAUAUGGCUCAGAACCAAGUGCAUCUCAAAAUCCUACCAAGAAUUGAUUAUACUAGGUUCAGAGGAGCCCUGAGAACAGCCCAAUCGGAAUCGGAAGCGGAAAAACGCAAAAAGAAACGCCGCCCGCCCAGCAAGCCCUUUGACCCGGAGGCCAUCCGCGCUAUCGGAGGCGAAGUCACCUCCGACGGAGACUUCCUCAUCUUCGAGGGCAACCGGUACUCACGCAAGGGCUUCCUCUACAAGAACUUUACCCUCAGCGCAGUAAUUGUGGACGGCGUGAAGCCGACUUUGGCGGAACUCGAGAGGUUUGAGGAGCAGCCCGAGGGCAUCGAUUUGGAGCUGCCGGCCGAGAAGGAGGAGAAGGCGGCGCUGCACUCGUUCAGCGCCGGGGAUAAUGUGGAAGUGUGCGAGGGAGAGUUGAUACAUUUGCAGGGUAAAAUUAUCAGCAUAGAUGGUUCGAUGAUUACAAUAAUGCCCAAACAUGAAGAUCUCAAAGAUCCAUUGGUAUUCCAAGCCAACGAAUUGAAAAAGUACUUCAAGAUGGGAGACCACGUCAAAGUAUUGGCAGGACGUUACGAAGGAGAUACCGGUCUGGUGGUGAGAGUGGAGAAGAACCGGGUGGUGCUCAUAUCAGAUUUGACGAUGCACGAGAUGGAGAUUUUGCCGAAGGAUUUGCAACUGUGCACGGACAUGGCCAGUGGCGUGGACUCGUUGGGAAAGUUCGAGUGGGGCGACCUGGUGAAUUUGGACGCCGAGACCGUCGGGGUGAUCGUCAGGUUGGAGAGGGAGAAUUUCCAUGUUCUCAAUAUGCACGGAAAGGUCGUCGAAUGUCGGCCAGGUUCUUUACAAAAACGGCGGAUAAACAAAUACACCGCCGCUUUGGAUUCCUACAGAAACAAUCUGCAUCGCAGGGACAUGGUCAAGGUUAUAGAUGGACCUCAUUCCGGAUUUUCCGGUGAAAUCAAACAUCUCUAUAGGAACUUCGCGUUUUUGCAUUCUGUGGAAUUUUUGCAAAACGGCGGUAUUUUCGUUUGCAAAUGCAAACACCUCCAGUUGGCCGGAGGCAACAAAACCGUUCCCACUGCCGAUAUCGGCGUCGGUAUGGAGUACAUGUCUCCAAGGAGGAGUUCCCCCAUGCAUCCAUCAAGCGGUGGAACAGGUGGCGUCGGCGGUUUCGGCGGCGGUAGGGGUGGCGGGGGCGGCCGAGGUAGGGGCGUGACGAGAGACCGCGACAUCAUCGGCACGACGAUCAAGAUCACGCGCGGUCCCUACAAGGGCAACAUCGGGAUAGUGAAGGACGCGACGCAGGCGACGGCGAGGAUCGAGCUGCACACCUCGUGUCAGACGAUUUCCGUCGACAAGAACCAUAUCGUGGAUGUCGGUGCACCUGGCAAAGAGGGCGGCGCCUCCAGCUACGGCAGGACGCCGGCGUACAGCGGCAACCAGACGCCGUUGUACAGGGACACGGGCAACAAGACGCCGAUGUGCGAUUCGGGGUCGCGCACCCCUUUGCAUUACGGCUCGAUGACGCCCGUCCACGAUGGUUCAAGGACACCGAACGCCAGCUCCGAGUGGGAUCCUGCCGUUUCCAAUACGUAUCCGUCGCCUGGAUAUAAUCCAAGCACCCCCGGGUACCAGAUGAACGGCCCCUACACCCCCCAAACGCCCGGCACCAUCUACGACAGCACGUACAGCCCCUAUCAGGCCAGCCCCGGCUACCAGAGCGUCGUCUCCACGCCCAGCCCCGCCGCCGGCUACGGCCAAUCGCCGGCCAGCAGCAACUCCUACAGCACGCCCAGUUCCGCCUACAGUCCCAACAUGCCGUACAAUCCGCAGACGCCGGGCGCUGGGCUCGACGUCAUGCCCAUGACCGAUUGGCAUACGGUCGACAUCGAGGUUAGGAUACGCGACAGUCACGACGACUCUGGCCUAGUGGGCCAAACGGGCGUGAUACGGAGCAUAUCGGGCGCCAUGUGUACGGUCUUUUUGCCCGCCGAAGACAGGGUGGUCAACAUCAUGUCCGACCAUCUGGACCCGGUGCGACCGCAAAGGGGCGACAAAUUCAAAGUUAUAAUCGGGGAAGAACGGGAACAGACAGGCGAGUUGCUUUCCAUAGACUUACACGAGGGCGUGGUGAAGAUAAAAGACGAAAUUACCAUGUUGCCGCUCCAGAAUCUUUGCAAAAUGAGAGGACCAGAUCACUAG